UCGCGUCGGUUGUAGAUCGCUCCCGUGCUCGUGUCGGUUGUUAAGGGGAAAAACUCAUGCCAAGCCAAACGCAGUGAAAUAAAUCUUGUGCGUGAUCCAAAAAUAACGCCCAGAAAAUAUCUGCAAAGGGGGACAAAAACAGAGCGCGUGCCAAGUGCUCAAGUAGAAAUGUUUACGCGCAGAAGGCACCAAAGUUAAUCAGUUCAAAAAAGAAAAGUCGCUGUAGAAUGAUUUAUUUUAAGUGUGGUGCAAUCGUUACCAAAUGAAAAUAAUCGAAAAGUCUUCGAUUUAUUUGUGCAAAUCCACACAAAGUGACAAACGAAAAUAGAGCCUCUGCCAAAAUUGUUUUAGGCAUCUAUCGGCCAGAUCAAAGAUACAACAAAUUGCGAGUGAAACUUUUGUAGGAAAUCAAAUUAAAUACAGAAAAACUGGACGAAGGAGAAUGCUAAACACUGCAAGUAAAGAAUCUGUUGGAACUAUUUAAGGCGCUCAAAGUUAAUCCAUGUAAAUACAGAGUCCAGAAAAUGUGAGCGGUUCGGCUGGUCAAAACAAGAAAGGAAAACAGCGGGAUCCGAAAAAGAAACAAUUAACCAAACUGAAAAGACAAACACGGGCGGAAUGUGAAAAGUUUGGCAAAAGCGGAGUGUAAGACUAUAAUUAGAAUUGAAAACAGCCGAGAACAACAGGAAAGUCCCGGAGGCGUAAACCAAAGCCAUGAAGUUCCGUUUGGCAGCAUUUUGGCUAUUUCUGCUGACAGUUGGCGGCAAUCACAAGCAAUUAAGCCACGUUCGCACGUGGGGCGUGGCGGCCGAAAGGCAGCUGCACAAAGGAAAUGAACUGGAAAACGCAAUGAAAUUGCGUGAAACCUCAAAGCAAACGCGGCUUAUCGGGGACAUCACGACGACCAUUCAGCCGGAUCCGGGCAGAUCAAUUGGCCAUCAGGCUCUGCGACGUACCAAGGCCCCGCCGCCCGAUUUGGAGCUGCACUUCAGGCAGAGCGUGGCCCAGCUGUUCGCCAGUGAUGGAACCAGUGGCCAUGGAGCUGGCACUGACAUCCCCUCGGCCGCAAUUUCGGCCACCGACGCGGGCCGCGGUGAGGCGACAACCACUCAUCACCCGGGGCGGCGACAUGUGGUGCCCGAUAAGCUCCAGUACACCAAGGAGAUCCUGGUGAAGCAGGGGCGCCUCAUGGGCAUCACGCGUCGCUUCCAGGUGACCAGCAAACUGCGCCAGGUGGACCAGUUCCUGGGGCUGCCCUACGCGGAGGCUCCCACGGGCAAUCGACGCUUCAUGCCGCCGGGUGCCCCUUUGCCGUGGCAGGGCCUGAAGAUUGCGCGCCAUCUUCCGCCGGUAUGUCCACAAAAGUUGCCCGAUCUCUCUCCCCACGGUAGCGAGAAUAUGUCUCGCGGUCGCCAUAAGCACCUGAGUCGCCUGAUGCCCUACCUGCGGACCGAGAGCGAGGACUGUCUGUAUCUCAAUCUGUAUGUGCCACACGAUGAGCCCCAGAGUACCCCUAUGCAAUACGCAGUCCUGGUUUAUCUGCAUGGCGAGUCCUUCGAGUGGAACAGUGGCAACCCCUACGAUGGCUCCGUGUUGUCCAGUUAUGGGGAUGUGAUUGUGGUCACCGUCAACUACCGAUUGGGAGCGUUGGGUUUCCUGAGGCCCAGCAUCGAUGCGCAUAAUAUAGCGAACUACGCCCUGCUCGAUCAGAUUGCGGCGUUGCACUGGAUCAAGGAGAACAUUGGCGCAUUCGGCGGCGACAACUCACGUGUCACUCUAAUGGGACACAGUACAGGGGCGGCGUGCGUCAAUUACCUAAUGGUUUCCCCGGUGGCCUCAGGCCUCUUCCACCGGGCCAUCCUUAUGUCCGGAUCGGCGAUGUCCGACUGGGCCGCCAGCAAUCAGUCGCUGCAAUUGACCAUGCAAAUCGCCCAUGCCCUCGACUGUCCGCUCAAUGAGCACGUGGAGGCGGAGGACGAUGAUGUCCUGCUCGACUGUUUGCGCCAUCGUCGCUACCAGGAUAUCUUGCACAUACCAACAGCGCUCACACAAUUUUCAACAUCAUUGGGUCCAAUUGUCGAUGGACAUGUAAUACCAAAUCAACCGUACAAGGUCAUGGGGCAUUAUACGGAGCACUUCAGCCGUUAUGAUUUAUUAUUCGGCAUCACGGAGUCAGAAUCCUAUCACACACUGGCCGCAUUAGCACUCGAGGAAGGAUUACGUGAAAAUGAACGCGAUAAUUUACUGCGCUUCUAUAUGCAGAGCCGCUUUGAUGUACGCCCCGAUUUGGCAUUGGCUGCCACGCUAAAGAAAUACCAGGACAUGUACAACAAUCCGAUUAAGGCCACUAAUUUGGAGCAUCGUGACGUGGUCCUGGACAUACUGUCCGAUGCCCGAGUUGUGGGUCCGCUGCUGCAGACGGGGAUGUUCCACGCGGAUGUCAAUCGGCGCAAUUAUAUGUACGUAUUCGGCCAUAACAGCGCGACGGGACCGUAUGCCCACUUACCGCAUAGCAUUAUGGGCGAGGAAUUGGCGUUCGUCUUCGGGGCUCCUUUGGCUCCCGCAGGUCCUUUUCCCAGCGGCAACUACACGGUGCAGGAAAAGCUGCUAUCCGAGGCGGUAAUGGCAUAUUGGACGAAUUUCGUAAAGACCGGCAACCCGAAAGCACCAUGGAAGGGUACCUUCCUCAACUCACAUGCCCUCGAGUGGGAUCGCUACGAUCUGGACUGGCCGGAGUUUAAUAGGAGGGCUCAGGCAUACCUUAACAUUGGUAUUCCGCCGACGGUGGGCUACAAGUACCGUCAGAUUUACAUGAAUUUCUGGAACAAAGAGCUGCCCGACGAGCUGAACCAGAUUGCGGCCAUCCAGGAGCAGCUGCACGGCCCCGGUCAGGAGGUGAUUACGGGCCACAUGAGCAAGUACGGGCCCAGGGACCACGGAGCGGAGGACCCGGUGCGGACGCUGAAGCUGCUUCUCCAGGAGCCCAGUCUCGCAGGCCCGACUCAGAGUGGCGAGUCCACGGAGGCGGCGGCGGAGAACAUGUACAAUGCCCCGCCCACUUUCGGACAUGUCCACAAGGUGCAGGGAGGGAGUGACUUCGAGGACUCGGUGACCUCCACAAAUCCACUGGAGAGCGGAGAGGCUCGGCAGCAGUCGCCGCCCGAGACGGUGGCCAAAUCGGAGGCCACGACGCAGCUCCUGAUCGCCCUAAUAACCAUAAUUAUAGUUCUCAAUCUGUUGAUUUACGGAACCUUCCUCUUGCGUCAGCGCCGCCGAAGGGCUAAGGCCCUGCCCUUCCCCGCUCCCAAGUUGGGCGGAACCAUCCUCAGCUACGAUGGGGCCAACGAUGAGGAGCUGAAGAGGUGCAGCAAGUCCCGCGACGGAGACGACAGCUUUGUCCUGGAAAUGAGCAGGAAGUCAAACACCUACGAGGCCAUCAAGACGGGUCAGAGGUCACUCAGCUGCUCCACGGUGGACACCCACACCAAGGUCUGCGAGUGGAUGUCCGGCCAGGAGGCCCCGAAGUCGGGUAGCUUCAACACGGCCACGCCCCCUCCCCAGCCCCUGUUUUCCGAUGGCCGGCUGAUCAUUUGCCAGGAUAUAGAGGUGGCCGAUGCGGCGUUGCUCAUCCCGCAGCACAUGCACGAGCCGCAGCACUACGAGAUGUUGUUGCAGAGGCAGCACUCGGCACUCACCGAACCCAGUGACGACAUCCUCCAGCAGCAGCAUCCGCUGAGGGAGCACCCGCACCCCCACUCCGAUCCGGUGGACAUGAUCCUGGCGGCCGACGAGCAGGUCACCAGCUUCGUCCAUGCCGACGACGUGGACAUCAACGUGACGAGCAGGGACGAUUCGGACGGCCUGGCGGUCAUUCCGCUAACAGCCGCCCAGCAGCUAGCGCUUCUGCGGCAGCGCAACUGUCCCAAGGUCCUGCCCACGGAACAGGACUUGGCUGGCAGCAGCUACAAGCGCAACUCCCUGCCGCCGCAGAACUUCAACGCCCCUCUGCCGCCGCCGAGAACCAUUAGCAACACUUUGGGCAGGAGGCGGAGGGACAGCAGCAAUGUGACCACCUCCCCCCUGCAGGUGGCCAGGGACUGUGGGGCCGAGGACGAGGACCUGAAGGAGCCCCAAAUCUCUCAGAACACUCUCAUCGUGGGACCCAUUGUGCCCAAGUCGCCGGCCUCCAGUCUGAAACGAGCCAAGAGAAUGCAGGAGGCGGCAGCGAUGACGGCGCUCAGCGGAUCCUUUCAGUCCUUCGAGUCGGUGCCCCCGGCCCACGAGACCACGCCCCCUCAGGGCGAGCGGACCGAGUGCAUUUACGCAAUCAAGGCCAGUCCUGCAAGUUGCAGCUGGGCCGCGCCCAACGGCGAUUUGUACGCGCAGCCCAUGAAGUCGCCCUCGAGGACCUCCCUCAUCCCCAGACCCACCAAGCAGGCCGAUUCCCUUCCGGGAGGAGCAGCUGGGGAGCCUCCUGGAGCAACAGCACCGGCCGCAGCAAGCCGCAUACCUCAAUUGCAACGGCAGGCUUCCGGCAAGGAUUUGCAGACAGCAAUGGCAACGGGUACGGCCACGGCAACGGAAAGCACCGCAAAUCCCCUGGGAUGCCAGCAGCGAACCGACUCCACAAUAUCAUCGGGUUCGUCGGCAUCCCAGGCCUCGACCACCGACUCGUCCUCCUCCUCGUCGACUGGAACCGUACGCACCGAGCUGCUGCAGUUCCAGCCGCCGCCCGGCAGAAGUAUUACGACCAAUAUAUAGAAACACCAGGGAGCGGCUGCCAAGAAGUCCUUCAGGACCUCCCGCCGAGCCCGCAAUGCGGCGACAGACAGCUGCCUGCCAAGUCGCCAACAAUCGUUGUCGGCAUCCCAUCUCGCUGGUUUCCUCUGGCCCGGAAUUUUAUGGGGCCUGCGUAAAUUUAAUAAUACAUUUUGGUGUAAAGUUUAUCUUUGACUUGGCGGCAUUGCUCGUGGUUAGAACUCCGACUGUGGCCUUCUAGCUUUUCUGCAGAGUUUCCAGGAAACUUUCUGCCGGCGUAAAUUAGUUAGGAAAAUUGCAGUGGAGGUUUCCCUAGAGAUUACAGCGAAGGUUCGCCAUAUCAAUAUAAGCAGCGAUUCCCGUAAAGAAAACUAAUUUUCUUGAGAAUAUUACCGCUUUAACGAGUUGCUUGUAACUAUUUACAAAACACAUUAAGUAGUUUGAUGUCCAUUUUCCUAAACUUUUAUCAACUUAGAUACCAAUAUAAUCGAUUGGUCAUUUUGAAAAAUAUAUUUUGUUAAUUUAAGCUCAGUUAAGCAUAUUAGUUUGUACAUAAAACGAAAGGAGAAUGUAUACAUAAAUUAAUGUUUUGUCUUGGCAAAAUAAAUAAUUCUUAAGGUGAAGGCAAAAUUUUGAAAAUAUCUAAAUUUAGAAGUAAAUAUAAAAUGGGUUUCACCAAUAGUUUCAGCUGCUUUUUAUGUUAUGCAAAGUAUGCCAAUAUUAGCAACAGUAUUUACAAAUAUCGCUAGAUGAAUAUUAAUAGUUUUAAACAAAAGCUAAAUAUUUUGAGGAUGUCAGUUUAUCGUUACUGAUAAUUAAAUCCAAAGAAAACAGGGACAAACAAAACGGUUUUUGAAUUGUACUGAAAUCCGAAUGUCAAGUAUUAUAAGAUAAAUAAUUAAGUCCUUUAUAUUUAAUGUUAGUUUAACCAUAUGCUUACAUAAACACAUAAACACUUACUCAAAAAUAUAGUGGAAUAAAAAAA